UAUUUUUUCUGCAUUAUAUUUUUUAGUUCAUUAUUUCAUUAUUUCUUCUAAAUAAUUUUGUCUGCACCUUAUUGUCAAUACUUCCAAAUAGCUGUAAACGUAUUCGGGCCUCACGAAGUGUGGAACUAUUAAUUUCCCUAAUGUUUGUGCAGAUAUGCAAUCUAUCCACAAGAGGGCAGCAUUACCUCAUUGAUCAAUUCAGGCUGAAGCCGCAGAUUUCUCAGUUUUCUUCAAAGCAAAACCAGCUCAUUGUAGACAACUUCUUUGAGUAAAGUGACUAAUUAACAUUAAUUUUAGUUGGUAUAUUAUUAUGUCUGUCUUCUCAAUAUUAUUUUAGACAUGUUUGUAUUUUCUAAGCACUUUUCUUUUAAUAUAUCGAACUAAUUUCCUGUUUAUUUGAGCAGUGUCUGACUGAACCUGACUUUUUCAUUCGCCUCAACUGUUCAGACAUCUUCAGCUUUCGAACAUCAGAAGAUGGGAGCCUCUCUCUCUGCAGCGUACGGCAUAUCAAAGCGAAAUCCACUCGGAUCUGCGGUCUGGGUGCAGUGCGUAAUGAGCUGUGCGCCUCCUGGAGCCGCGCGUCGACGAAGCUGUGCGCAAAUCAAACCAGCUGAACCAAAAUAGUAAGAGAAACAUGAAUCUGUCCUCCACGAACUCUUCUGCGUGGAAAGCGGAGUCCGUGCUGAUUUCCGUGGGAUUUUCUCUCAUCUUUCUGCUCGGCAUCGCGGGGAAUUCUCUGGUCCUUGCAGUUCUUUGUCGCAACGGACAGAUGAGCACCAAGACCACCAACAUGUUCAUCUUCAGUCUGGGGGUGGCCGACCUCUGCUUCAUUGUUUUCUGCGUGCCGUUCCAAGCGACCAUCUACACCCUGGAUCAGUGGGUCUUUGGUCCGGUGGUUUGCAGAGCCGUGCACUUCAUCAUCUUCUUGACCAUGUACGCCAGCAUCUUCACACUGACCGCCGUUUCCCUGGACAGGUAUUUAGCCAUAUGUUACCCACUUCGCUCCCGGCAGAUGAGGACUCCAAAGAACGCCCUCAUCUCCAUCUGCCUGGUUUGGUCUUUGGCUUUGGUUUUCUCCACACCAUACCUUAGCUACUUCUCUCAGAUGGACCUUGACGGCACCUUGCUGUGUAUUCCUGCCUGGAAGCCCAGACCUCGCUUCAUAAUGGACCUGUGGACCUUCAUCUUUGGAUACCUCAUCCCCGUCCUGGUGCUCAGCCUCACAUACGCUCGCACCAUCCGCUACCUGUGGACCAGCGUAGAUCCUGUCAAGGACAAGUCAGAGUCAAGGCGUUCCAAGCGGAAAGUCACCAAAAUGAUCCUGAUUGUGGCUGCUCUGUUCUGUCUCUGCUGGCUCCCUCAUCACCUCAUCAUCCUCUGCAUGUGGUUCGGACAAUUCCCGCUCAACCACACUACGUACGCCCUGCGCAUCCUCUCCCAUUUGGUAGCCUACGCCAACUCUUGCCUCAAUCCCAUCGUCUACGCACUCGUCUCCAAGCACUUCCGCAAGGGUUUCCAGAAGGUUUUCAGCUGCUCGAGGAAGAGGAGGGAGGAGAACAGGGUGCACGUCAUCCAGGCAGUGAACACAGUCAGCAACAUCGAGACAAGACCCUCAGAGGAAGAAGCAGCUUCCACUGCAACCUGACAGAACUCUGAGAAACAUCUCUUAAAAAAAUGACAAAUUCUGUAAAUAUUACUGAUGUUGCUGCUAUUAAUAAUUGGUUCAAAAAAAAAGUGAAAACAGAACUUUGAAGGAAGAUGCGGACAGUUUUAAUUUAUUACUGCUGUUGAAAUUAUUAUCUGUGCUGGCGUAGCCUUAGGUGUUGAUCCAUCAUAGAAGAUGGUUAAUGAAUUUACUGACUGCCUGGGAUUUAUUGUCCUGAGUGCUCCUCAGAGUUUGAAACCGAGUUCAACACUGAAACAAAAACAGAUCACAGGAACAUAAAGUCCAAUUUGGUGCCAAUUCAUCUUUCAGAGUUUCAAAAUUUGAACAAAAGACUAAAAUGUCGUUCCUACCCAAAUGUAGUUUUAUCCAUUUGACAUAUACCAGCCUAACGCAGGUGUAGAUUCUCAGUCACACAGGGCAUGACAGCCCUAAGUACUUAAGAAAGUAAUUGGACUUCUUUCUUGCCUCUGUUUAAUCUCUCAUCCUUGUUCAGAACUGAUGAAGCCUUUAGUUUCAGUUGUGAUUUUUUUUUUUUUCUUUUGCUUCUACACACACUAGCUGUGUCUAUUUUCUAAACAGCAUGGCGGAAAAUUACCAUGCUGAUAUUCUUGUGCAUAAAUCUUUGAAAAGACAAAUGUGGCAGCUUCAGGUACCUGGGAAUUGUACCUAAAGACAGUCCAGUCUUUCAGAAUGAUUGUCUUUUGACACAGUGUGUGUAAAAUGUCUGGUUUCAACUUAUAUAUAACAGAGUCCGUAAGAUGUAGAGGAUUUGUGAAUGAGAUGCCCAUAUCGUUCUAUGUAUUGCUCCAUCCUUGUGAAAUGUUAGGGACACUACUGGUAAACGAGGCUGCGCAAAGUAUUAACAGCAGAUGUGUUGACAAAAUUAAAUGUUUGAUUUUUCAAAACUUUUCAGUACAAAAAAAUUGAAGUCUUUUUACACAUUUUUAAAAGUUAUACGUGUUAUCAAGUUCUGAGCCCAAUAACUAUGACGUACAGUUAUAAUACAGUCACAUUUUCAGACCACGGCGGUGCAUAUCCAUGGGAGUCACCCCCCUGCUGCCCGGUGGAGUGCAGAUCUAAUAGUAAUUUACUCUGGCACUUUUCUGAGAGCCUAAAAUAUCUGAAACAUACUGUGGUCAAAAGAAAACGGUGAUUACUGUGAAACAUCUCACUGUGACUUAAAUUUAGAAAACAAAUUACAUCUCUGUAAGCAUAUUAUGCAUCAUCAAUGUGGGGGAAUAAAACACAUAUUAGUACACACACACACACAUAGACACUCAGUGUUUUCUUCACCUGCACUUGGGCUUUAAAUAUUAGUAAUCUAGGCAUUCGCGCUGAGCCUCUCUGUGAGUCGUGUGUUCAACUGGUCAACGCUGCAAACAGGAUACUCUGAUGGUUGUGAGUAACUGAACGGUAAAAAGAAACAUGCAAUAAUUCUCUGGUUGUGGUCAGGCAUCCUGACAUCCACUGCUGGUCCAUUCUUAUGAAAAUCAAAGCAGUUCUAAGCAUAAACAUUGCCUGUACGGACCAGCUUUCACUACUGACUGACCAAUAAACUACGUAUUGCAUUUCA